AUGAACGAUAGCUACAGUGGGAAUCUCCCAGAAUACCCGAAAAAUGCAGUCCCAAUAGUAUAUCCUGUGACGCUCAUCGUCGAUCCCGAAUCAUCAUGCCAAAGCAAUAACAACAGCAUGGCGUCUCUUUUGGAGGACAAUUCUCUACGAUUAUCUCUUGAAUCAAGCGAGCGAAACUUGUUUGACUGUAUCCAAAAGGCUUGCAAGGCCCUGGCGGAAGGAAGAGUCGAGGGAUAUCCGGCCAAAGAUGUCCAAGUACGAGUUGCAGGCGGGUGGGUCAGAGAUAAAGUGCUCGGAAUGAAAUCUGACGAUGUUGACAUCGCUUUGGACAAUUGCACAGGAGAGGAAUUUGCGAAUUGCCUCAAGACAUAUAUGCAAUUAUUUGAACAUGAAACGAUUGGGAGAAUAGGAGUGAUUGCUGCUAAUCCGGAUCAAUCAAAACAUCUAGAAACUGCGACCAUGAAGGUGUGCGGCAUUGAAGUUGACUUCAGCAACUUGAGACACGAGGCAUACGCAGAUGAUUCGAGAAUUCCGGAAAUUGUGAUAGGAACACCUGUAGAGGAUUCAUACAGAAGAGAUUUUACGAUUAAUGCGUUGUACUACAACGUUCACACCAAUCAAGUUGAAGAUUGGACAAGACGAGGCCUCAAGGAUUUGCUGGAAACCAGGCUUGUAACCACCCCUCUCGAUGCGCAUCAUACGUUUCGGGACGAUCCCUUGCGCGUGCUUCGAGCCAUUCGAUUUGCUGUUCGAUUUGGUAUGGAGCUAUCCGACGAUUUGCAGGAAGCUUGCAUGUCGACAACCAUUCAUCAAGAACUUCAUCGUAAGGUCAGUCGAGAGCGUGUUGGGAAAGAAUUAGAGGGAAUGUUGUCAGGGAAGCACGCAAACCCGAUCAAUGCGUUGCAGUUGAUCUGUAGGCUCAACCUAGCAGGCAGCAUAUUCUGCCUUCCUGCAGAAGAUACGAUUCGUGGAAGACUUUGCAGUCGUAACCUUGAGCCAUUUAAAUGCGCAAGCGAAGAAUUGAGCGUGUUGAAGGCAGACGCCUGGGAGGAGUCUCGAAAAUGUAUUCAGAUCCUGCCCUCGAUUUUGCGAGCACUGCGUGGCGACAACAACUCUAACUUGACCGUAUUUGACCCCCGUUUGACCUAUUUGGCAGCAACUAUUUUGCCCUUUGGGAAGUUGGAGUAUGAGGAAAAAAAGAAAACGAAACCUAUCGUAGAGUUCAUGAUUCGAGAGGGAAUCAAGUUCAAAAAUAAAGACGUCAUCGCUGUGAAGACCGUAUUUGAACACUAUGAGAAGAUGGUUCAACUCUUGCAAGUUGAACCUGAAGUAAGCAAAGCUGUUCGCCUUCAAACCGGGCUACUGCUUCGAGAUACAAGGGAGAUGUGGGUGACAACACUAGCUAUUGCCGCUGUCACUCUAAUCCGACAGCAGGAACAGGUUGGCGAAGUUUCGACUUUUCUAGAACGAGCUCAACGGUGGUACUCAUUUAUAGCUUCUGAUCUGAACCUCGAUGGAUGUUGGAAGUUGAAGCCAAUAUUGAACGGUAAAGAAUUGGUUGAGCUGCUUGAAAUUCCUCGAGGACCGAUUGUAGGAAUUUAUGCCCAGGAGCAGACAGAGUGGAUUUUGAUGAACCCAGAAGGUACUGCCGAGGAAUGUCGAGAGCAUCUCACAAUGGUUAAAAAAAAGAGAGAAAACGAAUUGCCCUUGUCAGAGCUGCAGGUUGCAAAGAAAAUUCAUAGAUAG